CCGGAAGUUGUUUCCACGUGCCGCUCGGAAGGAAACCGGUUUGUUUUGAUGCCGCCAGCAGCUUAAAGAACGUGUAUCCCUUACUUUUUUCCUGUUAUUCGCUUAGGACUGUUAUAGGAAAUGAAUGAGAUAUCCGCCAUGGAUGGCCAAAUUGACAGCUACUGUCCAGAGGAGGAGAAAAAAGUGUCAAAACGAAAGAUUUCCCUCUCGAAAUGUGGAGUUUGUGGAUCAGAUGAAGCGAAGUAUCGUUGUCCUGCCUGCUUCAAACACACCUGCAGUUUGCUGUGUGUGAAGAAACACAAGGAUGACUCAGGAUGCAGUGGUGUAAGGGAUAAAACGGCAUUUGUCACGCUGUCACACUUCGACGAAAUGACACUUCUUAGUGAUUACAGGUUUCUGGAAGACACUGGCAGAUUUGCUGAUGGUGCCACCAGAGACAAUCUCAUCCAGACGCCACGUACAACUUUGAAAGCAAAGAAGCUGGCCGCCCAUGCUCGAAAGAUGAACAUUACCCUGAGGUUUCUCCCUGUCACCUUCACCAAGAGCAAAGAAAACUCCACCUUCUUUCUUACCAAGGAAAAGCGAUUCCUGUGGCAUCUGAAGCUUGUAUUCCCUCAGAGCAGCUCAGAGUACAGUCAGAGGAGGGUGUCUGACGGUCAAACCUUGACCCAGAUUUUGACUGCUUAUAUUCACCCCACAGAGUCUGAUCCUGUUGUUCGUCAAAAGUUGAAGAUGUAUUCCCAUCAUCCAUUUGAUGAUGUAAAGGUUUUCAUGAAAGCAGAGGGGAGAAAGGCUAACUCUGUGAGGUACCAAGAGCUGGAUAUUGAGAAAAGCCUAAGGGACAACCUCAGCUACAAAACAAUCAUAGAAUAUCCUGUCCUGCAUGUUGUUCUCAGAGAUCACUGGGAGGACUACCCACUGAAAGGAACAGCUCAACCUGUAUCGGCCUGCACAAGUUCUGCAACGAGGAAUGUUUCUGGGGACCAGGAGGAGGAAGAGGAGGGGGGGCAAGUCCUACAAACACAACAAGGGUCUAAAACUCCAGAGAAAACAGACAUUCACACAAGAGCCCAAGACAUGACUCCUGAAACAGAGCCACCACUGCAGGAAAAGGCCAAGAGGAGCUUAGGAGUGGAAGAACAAGAGGAGGGAGAGAUCAUAGACAGCAGUGAUGAAGAGGAGGAGAAUAGCAGAGAGAUUCAGUGUUUAAACAAAGAUCUUCCUGGUGAUGGAGCUUGUGGAGAAAGUGUUGAAAGUCACAACGACCAGUCUGUUCUGACUCAUCAUUGUCAGCUUGGAAAUGAGUCAGCUGCUGCUUCACUGAGCUGUCAAAUGGAAGGAUGACAUUCAAAGGAUACUGUUAACAUUGUGAUUAAGCACAUUUAGAAGGAAUGAGUCAAAAUGUGCCAUUACUCAGCAUAAUGCAAACGGACUGUUAAAAAAUACAUUACUAGAUAGAACCAUGCGUCUGUUUUAAAUGUUUUCUCAAAUAAAAUUGUUUAUCAAACGA